UCUCCUCACAGCGGAAGAUUCAAACUCGCCACAGACAGAGAAGGAAAAAGAGAAAGAAAAAAAGAGAACUCGCAACCGGACUGACAGUAAGAGAAAGAUAUAACACACUUGUUACCAGCGAGAUAACAACACACUUUAUUAGAGGAUUUCUAGUAGGAUCAUCUGUAACCCCAAGAUGAGCAUCAGAAUGUCAGCCAGCCUUGUCGUUGUGCUCCUGGCCCUCCUGACCAUUACUGAGGGGAUGAGUCUGAGAGGCAUGGGGGCGGACCUGCGAUGUCGCUGCAUUGAGACGGAGAGCAGACGCAUUGGUAAACUCAUUAAGAAGGUGGAGAUGUUCCCUCCCAGCUCGCACUGCAGAGACACUGAGAUCAUUGCCACUCUGAGCAAGAGCGGUCAGGAGAUUUGUCUGGAUGUCAGCGCUCCUUGGGUCAAGAAGGUCAUUGAGAAGAUGCUGGCCAACAACAAAUGAAGAGGGGGAAUCAUUCCAUGAAUAGUCUGGAAUUCUGAACUGUUACAAGAUACAAACCAAAUAAGUAUUUAUAAGAUUUAUAGCCUGAAUUGUAUCAUUUUCUAUCCAGGUUGAAAUACAAUACUAGAUUUAGAGUGGCAUGAGACUUUUAAAUGAAAAGACAGUCGGUUUCUUAUAUACAACCAAGUACUAUGUACUAAAAUUAUAUUUUAUUUUUUAUUUAUCAAUAGUUUUUAUUUUGUUGAGAUUUACAUACAUUCCAGUUGUAUUGGAAUGAUUUCGUAAUGAACAACAUCACAUCCUACUUGACCCUCAAACGUAUUUAUAAAAACCUCAGUAUAUUUAUUGAUAUAUUUA